AUGGCCGGGACGAAACCGAACCACGACUUGCAAUUCGAACGAAAAAACAAGGACAUGAUCAGACUCCCUAAAUAUGCUCGAGUCCAAAAACGCCCCAUCCCACACGCCCCCGUCGCAUCCCCCUACGCGGGCGCCUCAGUGCCUAAAAUCGUCUACGUCUCAACCAACACCCCCUUCAUGAGCACUGUGAAACGCGUACAGAAGCUCCUACGCCACGCAGAGAAACGCGCCACCGCAUCCGUUGACCUAGCAAAUAGCAAGAAAAAGGACCAGCAGAAGUUAGCGACCAUCGCGCGUGGGCAGGACCAGCUCCGACGGGAGGAAGUGUUUGUUAAAGCGACGGGGAGAGCGAUGCAGAAGGCCCUGAGCGUGGGGAGGUGGUUCGAGGGACGGGAUAGUGAGUACGUGGUUAAGGUGAAGACGGGGAGCGUGCUCGUUGUGGAUGAUGUUGAGGAGGAUGACGAGGCGAAAGAGAAGGCUAUGAAGGAGGCGGAGAGGCUAAGCGGGGAGGGAGGCUUACAGUCAUCGGGACUUGUCGGCGAUGAUUCGACUGUUCCUACUAUGACUGAGGUUAGCGAGGGGAGUGGGAACUCUGGUUCUGGCGCUGGGACAACAGGUUUUGUGUCGUCGGGCGAUACCUUGCCGAAGCCUCUCUCGAAAUCUGCGAUGAAGAAGCGAAAACGGGCCGCGAGCUUGGCGGCAUCAAUUGUUGAAGCGGAGUUACCUGAGACACGAACGAGAUGGGUCAACUCCGUGGAAGUUGCUGUGUCUCUGAGGUGA